UUGAGCGCCCAGGCACGGCAGAUGAGCAAAACAGGGAUGGUGUCCAAAGCUACAGACUCUGCAACUAAACUCAGAAAAUCACAUGGAGAAGAGCCAAGUGAUGGUGUUGGAAACUUGGAACAUAAGAUGCAUCAGCUUAAGAAGCAAAUUCAAGCAGAGAGAAUGGUUUCAGUAAAAGAAAAAGUUGAGAAGAACAGGGAGAAGCUACGAGGUUACAUUUCGCAAAUUAUAUCAGCAACCUCAAGAGCGAAUUCUACACUUUCAGAGAAAAAUGGGAGCUUUAAAUUGUUUCCUUCAAGAAUUGAACAGCCUCUCUGCAAGUUCAGUGGAUUUGGUCACGGAUAUGGUGAUAAAGACUAUAUUAACAAUCAAGAGGUGGUAUUCUCAUCAAGUACCAAGCUUCCAUCUGCUGAAAAUUUACCACCUUAUACAACUUGGAUAUUCUUGGACAGAAAUCAGAGAAUGGCUGACGACCAAUCAGUAGUUGGGAGGAGGCGCAUUUACUAUGAUAAAGAUGGCACUGAUGGCAGUGAAGCUCUUGUCUGCAGUGACACUGACGAAGAGAUAGCAGAACCUGAAGAAGUGAAACAUGAAUUUACUGCAGGCGAAGAUCGAAUUAUGUCGAUGGCCUUUCAGGAGCAUGGGAUAGGCGAGGAAGUUGUGAAAGUUGUGAGCCAGUUUAUUGGAGCCACCACUUUGGAGAUCCUGGUUCGGUACAACACAAUCAAGGACCGUGAGAAACAUGAACCAAAAGGUUCUGGGGACUCUGGGUCCAAUUGGUGCAUUUCUCUUGAUAAGAGUCUUAGUGCCGCCUUAGAUUCUUUCGAUAACCUUUUCUGUCGUCGUUGCUUGCUAUUUGAUUGUCGUCUGCAUGGAUGUUCUCAACCUUUAAUCUAUCCUAGUGAAAAGCAGGUGCAUUGGUCUGAACAGGAUGAGGAGAGGACACCUUGCAGUGAUCAAUGUUACCUCAAGUUAAGAGUAGUGGAAAACGUUCCAGAUGAUCCAGAUAUUGGUGCUCUGCAUAGGAUGAAUACAAUAAUUUCAGAGAGAGAAAGUGCUCCAGCCUCAUCCUUCAAUGCUGAGAAACCAAGUUCUCAUGGUAGUACAGACAUCAUAAACAUUGAAAGAUGCAUUCCUGGAAAAGCUGUGUCUUUCACUUCAGAAGCUAUUUGUAGUUCAGAUGUCAUUGCAGGAGGUUUAGAGUUGGAUACACAUAUCAUGAGGAUGCACAAUGAAAAUUUAGGGAAGCGCAAGGUUGUAAAGCACAAAGAUAAAGUGACAAAUGACGUAACUAUAGUACCUGAUGAUUUCCAGGGUUCCUCUAAGAAACAGAAGAGAUUAGAUGCUUUGGAUUUAGUAACUGCAACUAGUGAACCUAUCACCGUUCAGGAUCACAUUUCCGUUUCCAAAACUAGAAACACGGAUGUUGGUUUACCCAAUGAAACUGAACUUCAAAUGACCAAAAAAGGUCUUUUAAAUGAAUCUGCUGGGCAUACUUCAAAGGAACUUGUUUGUUAUGGUAGUGCUUCCUGUGAUGAAUAUACAGACAACGACAGAGAUGUAAAACAAGAUGUAACAGAAGUGCCUGAACUGAGGCAACCAUCCAAUUCUACAGAAGGACAAGUUAAAGGGGUGUGCAGCAGCUCUGAGUGGAAGCCAGUGGAGAAAGAAUUAUAUAUGAAGGGAUUAGAGAUAUUUGGGAGAAAUAGUUGCCUCAUAGCCAGGAACUUACUUUCUGGCUUGAAGACUUGCAUGGAGGUGUCCAGUUACAUGCAUAAUGCUGGAGCUUCAAUGCCUAACAGAUCUGUUGUUAGACCAUUUUCAUUUAUGGAAGACAAUGGGAAAGCUACUAUGGAUCAGACAGACCAAGAGCUGCCAACAAAGCCACGGUUACUUCGUAGAAGGGGAAGAGCUCGAAGGCUUAAAUAUUCUUGGAAGUCUGCUGGGCACCCAUCAAUGUGGAAGAGAAUUGCUGAUGGCAAGAACCAGUCUUGUAAACUUUAUACACCAUGUGGAUGCCAGACUAUGUGCGGAAAGCAUUGUCCUUGUCAGCAUAGUGGAACCUGCUGCGAAAAAUACUGUGGGUGCUCAAAGAGCUGCAAAAAUAGGUUCAGGGGAUGCCACUGUGCAAAGAGCCAAUGCAGAAGUCGGCAAUGCCCAUGCUUUGCUGCUGGGCGCGAAUGCGACCCAGAUGUCUGUCGCAAUUGUUGGGUUAGUUGUGGGGACGGUUCAUUAGGGGAGCCUCCGAGACAGGGAGAUGGUCAAUGUGGAAACAUGAGGCUUCUUUUAAGGCAACAACAGAGGAUUCUCUUGGCUAAAUCUGAUGUUGCUGGUUGGGGAGCCUUUUUAAAGAAUCCUGUAAACAAAAAUGAUUAUCUUGGAGAGUAUACUGGUGAACUCAUCUCCCAUCAGGAAGCAGAUAAGCGUGGGAAGAUUUAUGAUCGUGCAAACUCAUCAUUCCUUUUUGACUUGAAUGAUCAGUAUGUCCUAGAUGCUUACCGAAAAGGAGACAAGCUUAAAUUUGCAAACCACUCAUCGAACCCUAACUGCUAUGCAAAGGUUAUGUUGGUUGCCGGAGAUCAUCGAGUAGGCAUAUUUGCCAAGGAGCAUAUUGAUUCUGGUGAGGAGAUCUUCUAUGAUUAUCGUUACGGACCCGAUCAAGCACCUCCAUGGGCUCAAAAACCUGAGGGUUCUAAGAGGGAUGAUUCAUCUGUCUCUCAAGGCAGAGCGAAGAAACACCAAUCUCACUGAAUGGAAAAUUGGCAUGGAUUGGGAUGUAUAUGAGUAUCAACUAUGGUGCAUAUCUCAACUCUGGAGAUUUAUCCACAACAGGUAGGACGAGAAUCGUCCUCAAGAAGAAAGCUUCGAGGUAGGUAUGCCAGCCAGCUCCCCUAAAAGUGAAAUUGGCUCUACAUGCUGAUGUCAAAGCUUGCUUCUUGACUUUAGAAAAAUUGAACAAUAAGGUUGUAUUGGCAAUGAGGUUAAUUUAUAGAAUUUAUAGGCAAUAAUAAGCUAGAAAUUCUUCUAGCAAUUAGAUAUUAUAGGUUGGGUUCGACAAUUCUGUAGUGAGAGGCAUGUCAUGAUGGUAAUAAUGGGAAUUUGUACAACCUUUUUUAUUGAUAUAUAAUAAGAAGGUCGGAUUUGCUUUAUUUA